AUGUCAGGAUUAACUCCUUUUGCUACAGUUUUAUCAUAGUCCUUGAUCUUUUUGCAUUAAUACUCAAAGGAUAGAAGCACUUUCAUUUAUAAAAAUUUAGGCGAUAUCUCAUGGGCUUUCCCCUUUACUGGUUAAAAUGAAUUCAAAUUAACACAAGUUUUAUUGGUAGCUAUCACUUUAGCUCUUCUCUCAUUGCUUAUAAUCGGAUUUAUGAUAUAUAGCUCUUAUGGAGAAAAUAAAUAUCAAACAACAAAAAAGAGAUUAUUGGAAGAAAUUACCAAGGAAUAGGAUAAAAUUAAUAAGGAAGAACAAGAAAGAGCAGCUGAAAGAAGAGAAGAAGAGGAAAGAGUUAGAGCUGAAAAGCAAGAGGAAUAUGAAUAAAAGAAGAAAGUUUCAGAUAAAAUUACUUAAGAAAUGCAAAAAAGAAAGCAAUAAGAAUUAGAAGAAAUGAAAAAAAAACAAGAAGAGUUUUUAGCAGAUGAUAAAAAGUAUUAAGAAGAAAGAAGAAAAAAAGUUGAUACAACCAAAAGCUAAUGA